AUGCGCAGUGGGUUAAGCCUUGGUCCACUGCUAGUGGCGUUGCUAGUGGGUCACCUGGCGGCUCCAGUGGCGCCUGCUAACCUGCUGACCAGCUAUCUGCCCGCCUCCAUGCAGGCCUUGGCCUACUACAUCGAUCUGCUGCAGUACGAACCUUUAUCGAGCACCACCGUGGAGCCCCCCUUCAAUGCCGAUGAUGGAGGAGUCAUGGAGUCCACGACAGGAAUUCCGCAAAGGUCUACAGCAGCACCAACGAGAAUAAGGACUACCACACGAAAACCUAGUGGGGGAGCAGGAGGAUCCGGAUGGUGGCAGCCGCCCAGUUGGUGGGAGACACCACAGAGAACCUCAACCACCCAGAAACCCACAUCGCCACCUACAAGGCCACACCGGCCGGCAAUUUUCUCUCCAGCUCGUAAAGCGGAAACGGAAAGAGUGCUGGAGGGUUAUGCUCUCUUCGAGGAGAUUGGAGAUGAUGUGGACUUUGAUAAGCUGCCCUUGUCACUAAUCCGUGACAUACAAAGCGAACACGAUGACUUUACCAACGAUGUCGAAUCGCUGGAUAACUUUCUGCGACUCUACGACGAUAACUACGGAAGGGCCGCCUUUGACUUUGAGUCCGCCAUGGAUCGAUGGAGCACUGCUUCUAUAGCGGGCAAGAAGAGGGUGCCACCCACCAAGCCCUACGUUGACUUUCUGCUGGUCUAUGAUCUGCUCAAGCGAGACGCCAAAGCGGCAAAUCUCAGCAAGUACGAGGGUUACUCCGAGGAUCUACUGGAGCAGCUCCAUGAACUGUCGCAGGCUUCUUCGGCCAGACAAUUGCACACACUCUUCCAAAGAAUGCUGGACCGUGGCGAUGUCCAGCGAAGUGAUGUGGUGGCUCGUGUCCAGGGUAUCGUCAAGGAUCUGGGCAAUCCCAAAAGCGCAACAGCCAAGGCUUUGGCCUUUAUACCCAGCAUGCAAUUUCUACCCUAA